GAGAGGUCGCCGCGAGGGGGAAAGCGCGCGGUCCGCUGUGCCGCCGGCUCACGGUGGCGGUGCUGGCGGGGCCGACGGACGGACGGGUCGCUCGUUGGGCCAUCCGGCGCCGCGGAAGGAGCAACGCGCUGCUCGCGAGCUCUCCCCAGCCAUGUCCUACUGCAGGCAAGAAGGUACUGGGGGAGAGAGAGAGAGAGCAAGCAUUGCGUUUCCUUAUGGGGGUCUCAUCCCCGGCUCCUUCUCCCGAGGCGCUUGGGAAGGAGCACGCUUGGGCCGCCCUCUUCUUCCCCUUCUCGGUUUUCUUUACCCUCGAAACAGCCCUGCGAGCUGGACUGAGAGAGAGUGACCGUCCCCAAGGUCACGGGGUGGGAAGCCAUGUGGCUGAGGAGGGAUUUGAACCUUGCUCUUCCACAUUUUAGCCACGGAGAGUGCGGGUGGGCAGGUUUUUUAAGAGGGCUCAUCUCGUCUGGUGGUGGUGGUAAUAAUAAUAAUAAUAAUAAUAAUAAUAAUUUAUUUUAAUGAAUAAUAAUUAUUAUAUUUUAUUUAUACACUGCCCAACUGGCUGGGUUUCCCCAACCACUCUGCUUGGCUUGCAGCACAUAUAAAAACAUAGUAAAACUUCAGACAUUUAAAUACUUCCCUAAACAGGGCUGCCUCCAGGUGUCUUCUAAAAGUCAGAUAGUUCUUUUAUUUCCUUGACAUCUGAUGGGAGGGCGUUCCACAGGGCGGGCACCACUACCAAGAAGGCCCUCUGCCUGGUUCUCUACAACUUGGCUUCUCGCAGUGAGGGAACUGCCAGAAGAUCCUCAGAGCUAGACCUCAGGGUCCAGGCUGAAAGAUGGGAGUGGAGACACUCCUUCAGAUAUACCUAUUAAAUGUAUCUGCAACUGAGUCAGGUGUUGGAAACGUGGUUUGUCAGGACACCUUCUUUUCCAAGGGCUUUUGGGUAUUUGCAAUGUUUGCUGGUCACGAAACAUCCCAGGGACUGAACUCUGUUGUUUUGAACGUAACGUUGCUACCUUUAUUGUUAGUUCACCAAAGCCCAGCACUGUCUGCUCUGACUUGGCAGCAUCUCUGUCCUGCAGGGAUGGGGAACCUGUGACCUUUAUUAUUAAUAUUAUUAUUAUUAUUAUUAUUAAGUAGAUUAUUAGUAGACAAACACAACAUUUGAACACAAGCUUAUAUUUAUUUGUGAGCAAGGAACUUUGGUGUUAGGCCACAGCUACUUUAUAAACAGUGGUACCUCGGGUUACAUACUCUUCAGGUUACAUACGCUUCAGGUUACAGACUCUGCUAACCCAGAAAUAGUGCUUCAGGUUAAGAACUGUGCUUCAGGAUGAGAAAUUGUGCUCCAGAGGCGCGGCAGGAGCAGGAGGCCCCAUUAGCUAAAGUGGUGCUUCAGGUUAAGAACAGUUUCAGGUUAAGUACGGACCUCUGGAACAAAUUAAGUACUUAACCCGAGGUACCACUGUACUGUAGUAGUAUAUAGUUUUUGAUGUUCAUGGUAGGAUGCUGUUCCUUUUACUGACAGUUAACAAAAUGAGGCUUGCUCAGUCUUUCCCCCCACUCUCUUUCUCAGUUUUCCCUUCCUUCCCCCACAGAAUAGAGUGAAUGAAGUUAUGACACUGUCUAGCAGUUGCUGUCCAGUUAUGCAAUGAUAAAUAUGUUGUCAUAUUUAUCAUUACAUAACUUUCAGAACUGUAAACUGCAGCAUCUGCAAUUUAAUAGUUGAGUCUAAUAAGGAGUUAGGUAAAUAGUUAGGUAACUAUGGUAGUAAUAAAGUGGUACUAAUUUUUAAGCGAAAGCAGUGAGUUGUGAUUUACGAUUAAGCUAAAGUCACUUAAAGUCUUAAAUCAAUACUUCUAAUUAUGUUUGUGGGGGUCUGCUUUGUCUAAUGCUGUGAGACUACUGCUGUGAGUUGGUGGCUGAAAGAAAGUUAGAAACUGAAAGCUAGGAGCUAAAUGGCACCUUAAACCUACGUUAUGGGCACAACAAGGGAAUGUCUAGGUGCUCUUUUUUAUAACAAGAAUGCAAAGCUGAAAAUGAACUGCAGCUAAAAUAUUAUGUUCAGUUUUCACAUGGUCUAGUCCUUCCCCUGCCUGCCCACCCCCUAAUAUUCUUAUGAGGGUCUCCUCUCCAGUUUUCAGAGAGUAGCUAGAAGUGGGGAGGCAGAAAAAGGUCCCCCUUUCCUUCCACUCUGCAGUUUUAAUCAAAUCUUAGGUGCAAUACUCUGCCCAGAGCUCAAAAAGUGCUAUCACUAAUGAAAUUCCCUGUCGCAAAAUGCGCCUAGAACAAUGGGAGUUUCGAACACUGGCUGUGUAUUUGAGACACAUAGUAGUACAGUCAUACCUCGGGAUAAAUACACUUCAGGUUGAGCACGUUCGGGUUGCGCUCCGCGCUGACCCAGAAGUAACGGAGCAUGUUACUUCUCGGUUUUGCCACUCGCGCAUGUGCGGAUGGUCAAAAUGACGUCAUGCACGGAAGCAGCAAAAUGCGACACGCGCAGACGCGCUAUCACGUCUUAGGUUAUGUUCAGGAUGCGAACGGGGCUCCAGAACGGAUCCCGUUUGCAUUCCGAGGUACCACUGUACAUAGAAUUAUAGAAUUGUAGGUUUGAAAAGGACCCCAGGAGUCAUCUAUUACACUAACCCUCUGCAAGGCAGGAAUCUCAGCUAAAGCAUCCAUGGCAGAUGGCCAUCCAACCUCUGCUUAAAAACCUCCAAUGAAGGAAAGUCCACAGCUUCCUGAGGGAGUCCGUUCCACAUCAUUGUCAGAUGCUGUCAUGGCACUUGAACUGUAACUUUAUUGGUAGUUCAGGCAACUCCCCAUUUGCAUGGGGGCUGCGUUCUGGGUCAUUGUGUGCUUGUGUGAAAUUGCAUAUAAUUGGAGCGUUCAUUGAAAAAGCGUGCAAACACCCAGGCCUGCCCUCACCCUGUUCCUUUUUGUUACGUUUUUGGCUCACUUCCAGAUUCAGCCUGAUGCAUGUGUGUGUGUUCAUGCACAUAUCGGACACACCUAAAACGGCCACGCCUGUAUUUCAUUUCCAUUAUGUAUAGAUAGUGUGCUUUGGUUAUAUGAGAACUCACAUUUGGAGAAUGAGUUCACACUACAGUCGUACCUUGGUUUUCGAGCAGCCUAGUUCUCGAAUGUUUUGGCUCCCGAACAAUCGAAACCUGGAAGUGAGUGUUCCAGUUUUCAAAUGUUCUUUUGGAAGCCAAAUGUCCAACAGGGCUUCUGCAACUUCCAAUUGGCUGCAGCCAAUCAGAAGCCGUGUUUGGGUUUUCGAACGUUUUGUAAGUCGAACAGACUUCUGGAAUACAGUGGUACCUCUGGUUACGUACUUAAUUCGUUCCGGAGGUUCAUUCUUAACCUGAAACUGUUCUUAACCUGAAGCACCACUUUAGCUAAUGGGGCCUCCCGCUGCUGCUGCACUGCCGCCGUGUGAUUUCUGUUCUCAUCCUGAAGCAACCCGAGGUACUAUUUCUGGGUUAGGAGAGUCUCUAACCUGAAGCGUAUUGUAACCCAAAGUACCACUGUAGAUUCCGUUCGACUUCCAAGGUACGACUGUAUUAGUAGUUUGGAUUAAGAACAAAAGCAAAAUAUCAGGUAGAUAAAUUUUUGAAAUCCACCUUAAGUCUGUAAUUGACAAGGAGAGAAACUUUGCAGUAAUCUCUCUGAAAAAUUGCCUUUCUUUAAAAAAAAUAGAUCUGAAUGAAGCUAAUCAAUUCUAUGAAAUGACUGGGGUGAGUGUUGUUACAAGAUGAUGUAAUGCUUCACUUGCCUCUGGCCUGUGUGAGUUACUUUGGGUUUAGGCAGCACUUCAGGGAAGCCUUUCAUUGGAAGUGCUGAUGCAUGAUUUCAGUGUUCUGGGGGCUGACAGUGGGGAUGUGUCCGGGGAAAAUCUCCAUUGCAGGGUCAUCCCAGGAUAGCUGUUUCAUGUGACCAUAUUUGGCUUGCUCCAACGCCACACUAUAAAAUCAAAGCAAAUUGAUUCACAAUGGAAAUUAAAUUACCCUGCUGCCAUCAUAAGCUCAUUACUAUUUGCCCCGUCUUUGUUGACUAAUGAGAUUAAUUGAUCUCUGACCCCUUCGUACCAUUUUUUAAAAAGUGUUUGUGGACAGUAAUCGGUCUUUUAGAAUUAACAAAGCCUUCUCUCAAAUUUUAUGUGCGAGUCUUCAUCAGAAGUUAGGGAAAUACAAUGGGAUGAAGCAGAAGAGCCAAAGGCCUCUCUGGAUCCAGCCCAAUGUUUAUCCUUAAUUUCUGAACAUCCUCCAGUUCGCUUUAACCAAAUGUAAUGGCCAGACUCAUGCACACAACUUUGAUUGAAGCCUCUCCAGUACCAAUUGGAAGAGAAUCAUGAGCUUCUACUAGGAAUGCAUCUUUAUAUGGAGUUGUUCAAAGGCUUCUGUUGGACAACUGCUCUGGACAGACUGUUCUAUCUGGGCCUAAUGCUCUUUGUGUCUCUCUCUUUUUUUAAUUUUCAGGAAAGGACAAAAUUAUAUUUGUGACCAAAGAGGACCAUGAGACACCAAGCAAUGCUGAACUGGUAGCAGAUGACCCCAAUGAUCCUUAUGAAGACCAUGGUCAGUAGUACAGAAAGCAUAAUGUUCAAUAGGGCUGUAUACUGGUAUUGAAAUAACAUCGUAAUAAGUCUUUCAACACAAAUUGCUGGUUCCUGUUAGCAGAGAGAUUUGCUCAGUAGCUUGUAGUAAUCCAGGGUAUUUAAUGUGUGCUCUUCCAUGUUUCCAUGUGUUUAAAAUUGGGUUUUCUUUAUUAUAAAAAAUGUAGUCAGGAAUCUCUAGGGGGCAGCAGUCACACACAGAGACAGCUAUGCUUGUGAUGUACUGUGUUGGCUGUCACCUGUAUACGAUCCUAUCUGAACCCUAUCUCUCAAUAUAAACUUUCAUGGUGUGGAUUUGUUUUAAAAUGGGUGUUCACAGUGUGGCUGGCAGUGAAAAGCCUGACAUUUUUCUCACUUCUCCAUAGUAAAAACAGCUGUGCUAAACUAAAAAAUGUGUAUAAUGUAUUUUCUAAGCUUAUGCCCCGUUUUAGCUAUCUUGGGGCUUCAGCAAAACAAACAAUGUAAAACAAGUAAUAAAAAUACUUUAACCCGCCCCCUCCCCAACAGCUAAAACCAGUGUAUAAAAUAAAGGUGUAAAAGUUAUAUUACUGAAUAACUUCAGCAAACCCACACAUAUCUGGGAUUAUUUUUCAUGGGGCUGGUCAGCAUUUUCAGGUAUCACCUAUGCUAAUUUUAUAUAUAAUAAGCUGCUAAUUUAGAGAGAGUUAGGGGUGAGAGCAAGAAAAUCUGGUGCGGAAUAGCCACUGGUAGAAUAACCUCAUCGCUUUACUAAUAGCAGUACUUCCACCAUAGAGAAGUUUCUGUUACUUAUAUUUAGGACACCUUUGGGAGCCUCAAGUGGUCUAAGCCCAUGGGGUCUCAUAUGGACCCUCGACUUUAUUUAGCACAUUUGGCCUACAUCAAUAAAAUCAAUGCUAAAUCAAUGUGGAAAGUUCUCUUAACUUAUUUCACUUGGCAUUUGUGCCACAGUAAUGGCAGAGCCCCCAGUCUGACUCCUCUUCGUGGUACUGUACUCUUGGUCUAAGACAAAGGUUUUGGUCAGCCUGGAGUGGGUGUUUUUUACCUUUUCCCCACAGUAGUCUGGACAUAAGCUUAUUCAUUCCAAAGAAGGGAGUACUAAAAACUGUUGGCCGAAGUGAUACGUUCUUCAGUGUUGCCUGCUAAAUAAGCAGUCCACUGAACAUAAACAAGCAGUGUACAUCAGGAAUAUAUAAAACAAGGAUAAGUAUGUACAUGAAAACAGGACCUGUGGGAAUUGUGAAUGAAAUGCAAUAAAAGGUUAAUGAAACAUAACUUCAGUUAUUGAAUUAGAAGCAGCUGUUCAUAGACCUUACUCUAAUGCAUUUCAUAAGAGAAUACAACCCCCCUCCAAUAAGUAAUUUGAAAGCUUGCUGUGAUUAAGGUUAACCUUGUAAUCUUCAGAUAAAAAGAAAUAGAUGUCCCUUUCCGUGCUCCUAAACUCCUAGGCUUCAGCAACCAUCUGCAUCUUAUUGCAGAAAGACGUGCAGCAGCAGAAUUUGAGUGUCUCUCACCCUCUCCUUCAGCCUUCAUCAUUUCAGGCAGGAUGUAUUGCUGGCCAAGAACCAGCAUAGUGUCUACAGGCUUGGGGGAAAUUGCUUUGCAGGCUGUUGGCACCUCCCAUUCUGAGAUUCCUGCGGCAGCUUCUAAAGGUUUAGAGUUGAAUUUCCUACUGGCCAGGAAUACAAAAAGAUGAAUGAUGAAUAUUUUCCUCUCCGCCCUUCUUUUUUGUCUUGGUGAAAAGCAGUUUUGUUGAGGGGGAAAUCAAUGCGAUCUUGUUUAAAAGCAAACCCACUUCCAAAUGUGAAGCCAAGUGGAUUUAUAGCAGCGCAAAACAAACGAAUUAAAUUGACCCUUCAGUUUGUUAAGAGCCAGCUAACUGGGGCUCCCAUUUGUUUCAGUGGGAUUGGCACAGAAUAAACUCCUAGUAGAUUGUACUUGUUUCUACCAGGUUUUUGUUGUUGUUAUAUAGAUGAAAAAUUACCAUAAUGUACCACAAGGCCUUAGUGUUUAUAUUUUUAAUUUGUCAUUUGAAUGACAUUUAAAACUGUUUUCAAACUUUAGCAUUUUGGUUUCAUUUUAAUUUAGUGAGAAAUAUUGUGGUGUUGUGUGUUCCAGUAUAAAAGAUCCCACCCACACCCAAAGUAGCAUAGGGAAUUAUUUUCUGAGAAUAAUCUCUGGCUCUUUGUAUUGUCGUGCUGGGAUUUGACAGUACUGUAUAGCUUUCCAGCUUUCCAUUGCAAUAGCUUCUAAAAUAUAAUUGGGGUGGUUAUAGCAGAAUUUGUCUGGUUUUACUGACUAAUCUUAUUAUGGCUGCAAUCCUAACAACACUUACCUGGGUGUAAACUCAAUUGAAUUCAAUAGGACUUACUUCUGAGUACAGUAUAUAGUUAGGGUUGCAGCUUAUUUUACAAGCAGCUCCCAACUGCUUCUGAUUCUUCAAUAAACAAUUUUUAAUGCUUUUAGUUCUCUUUUGAAAAUGUUUCAGCAUGAGUACCAAGCAAAGGAAACUAUGCUUCAUGUACACGUUAGGUGUUUUGUAUUUGACUGUCCUCCCUGUGCUGGAAGAAGAGAAGUUGUCUUUAAUCAUAGACGGCAGAAAGUCUUAUCAAGAACCUUCAGCCAGUGGUCAUAUAGUGCAUCAGUUUUGAGUUCUAAUUCAAGAGGCAUAAAAGAGGUAUUGACACAGCCAUUAUAGAAGAGAAGUGGCCCUAGGUCAUUGAACACUCCUUGGCAUUUGUGAAGGGCUGUUUUCUUGGCAGAUUUUUUCCUAGUUCCGUGAACAUAGAAAGUGUUCCACAGAAUCUUCUUCCUAGCCAAGAAGCUGCAGUACAACAGUUGCAAGCUCCAGUUCUUCUGUGCUACCUGAUGCCAACAUGGGGUCUUCCUGUCAUCUUCUCUCAUCUGCAUUCAGCAUGGCUUGUAUAAUUUGCAGAACUUGGGUUCCUGCGUGCUCUUUAGAAAACUCCCACCUAAUAAACCCUUCCUGCACAAAAUUCAUUCCGUAGCAAAAGUUAGUAAAGGUAAAGGGACCCCUGACCAUUAGGUCCAGUCAUGUCCGACUCUGGGGUUGUGGCGCUGAUCUCGCUUUAUUGGCCGAGGGAGUCGGCGUACGGCUUCCGGGUCAUGUGGCCAGCAUGACUAAGCCACUUCUGGCGAACCAGAGCAGCGCAUGGAAACGCCGUUUACCUUCCCACCGGAGCAGUACCUUUUUAUCUACUUGCACUUUGACGUGCUUUCGAACUGCUAGGUUGGCAGGAGCAGGGACUGAGCAAUGGGAGCUCACCCCGUUGCGGGGAUUUGAACCGCCGACCUUCUGAUCGGCAAGUCCUAGGCUCUGUGGUUUAACCCACAGCACCACCCGCGUCCCUAUGGAACGCAGGUGCAAAAGUUACUAGCCUACAAUUCAUUAUUAGCCCGCCUACAUCUGCCUGUUUUCAUUUGGGGUAUAUCUACAGCCUGAAAGAAGGAAAAGAAUCGACCUGUAGCACUUCAGAUUUUGUGGGACUCUGAACUCCCAUCAGCUCUAGUCAGCGUAGCCACGAGCUAAGGAUUAUGAGAGCUAAGGAAUAUGGGAGCUAGGGAGUAUGGGAGUAUCUUGAAGGCCACAUGUGCCACAAAGCAAUCAGUGACUAUUUGCAAGGCUUUUUGUAUUCUGAAAAUACAGAGAGAUGCUGGGUUCAUUCAGCUGUGGUCAGAGAGUAUUCCUAAAUUCAGAGUCAUGAGCUUCCUCUCUUCCCUCCUCCAGUGGAUCUACAAGGAAAUGAGAAGCUUUCACUUCUUCUUUUUCAAUGGACUGUGGUUACUCAUUAUGUCUGAACCCAGAAUAAAUUAUAUUUUGGCCUGUUUCCCUAAACCAUAGUUAAGGUUAACCACAGUUCUGGGUCUGGAAAGAAUAAUAAAUCAUGUUUAAUUGAAAAUGGAAGCCACACUGCAAGUGGGGAUUUGGCAUUAUGUCUGAACUCUGUAUCCAUGACUGCUCAGGAAGCAGAUUUGCACAACCAAGUGAACUAGUUAAUGUGGGAAUGGUUUACAAUAGCUUGAAUGUGAUUUAGGUUGCACUCUUGCCCUUUGGACUCGGUUAUCCUGCCCAACGUGUAGAGUGGAAUUGGAAGAUUUUAAAUUUUAGGAGUGGUUUUUAACAUUAAUAAAUGUUUUAACACAGUUUCAAAGUUACUUGGAUUAUCUGCUUUCAUAGUUUUUAUGCAUCUCUACUUAGAUGUAAGACCUAGCUAAGUGGAAGUAGGACUGCAGGGGCUGAAAAAUCACUCUCGUUCCAAGGGUUCAGACUAAUAAGUCCUAUAAUUUUACAUCAGUGUUCAGCCCCAUUAAUGCUCCUAUUGGAUGCAUAGCAGCAGGGCUUGGUGAGUUGCAUCUGGAGAAUUUUGUGACCACCGUGUGAUCACUUGCUUAUGGAGGCUGCUCAGAUUUGCAGAUUUGGAAUCUUGUGUUUUCUCCUUCAUAAAGCAAAAACACAAUUCUGCUGUUCCGCACAAAAAUCGCCCCUCACCUGCUUCAUGUUUUCCUUCCCAGACUUGGCUACUCAUUUAGGAGCAAAAACAUGAAAGCAAUGAAGGGGUUUUUUGUGAUUAUCAUCGGCAUCUUUUAUGUUUGCUGCUAGUGUCAAUAGCAGUAGUAGAAGCGGCAUCUUGUCAACGAUAGGGUUGAUUGUAAGCAGACAAUUGAUUGUAUUGGAUUUAGGGGAAUUGAAACUGACUGUGUGGGCUCAGUGUGAAAUAGUUACCCUUGUUCAUCAUAUUGAAUCUACAGCACACAAGUUCAGUCACAUCUCCAUUAUCUGCCAUUAGCUUACUGAUUUCUUUUUUUCCUUCCUAGGUUUGAUAUUGCCUAAUGGAGAUAUCAACUGGAAUUGCCCUUGCCUUGGCGGAAUGGCGAGUGGUCCUUGCGGGGAACAAUUCAAGUCCGCCUUUUCCUGUUUCCAUUAUAGCAAGGAAGAAAUAAAGGGAUCCGAUUGUGUGGACCAGUUUCGUGCAAUGCAGGAGUGCAUGCAGAAGUACCCAGAGCUGUACCCCCAAGAAGAUGAUGACGAUGAAGAAGAUGAAGAAAAGCAGGGCAAAACUCUAGAAGCUGCUGCUGCUUCUGUAACCAAAGAGGAAGAGAAGGGAUCCAGCUAAUGAAGCUCCACGGAGGCUUUGGUCUCCUUUCCAACUUCAAAGAGACACUAUAACUUAUGCAAAGCAUCUUCCCUUCCCUUCCCUCCCCUCCCUCUCUGCCCCUUCUCCUGAUCCUUCAAGGAACACCCUUCACCUCUCUUCAGUGCACUGUGUCCUGUGAAAUUACUUGCUGCAAGGAAGUAAGACACCUUGGCCUCAUGGUCUCAAUAAUGCUGCAAAGAGGUCAGUGCAUAGCAGGGGGACAACCCAUUCUCAGGCACUGCCGCUGCUUUAAUAGUUAUUUCCUUCUCCAGUCAUGUUAAGUUUGCAGGUUGACUUGAACAAGACUAGUAGAGAGGUGGAGCCAACACACAAUCUGGAGGAAAUCCGUCAGCAAGGAUGUCCGGUCAGGGUUGAUUUUCAGUGAUUGUCUCAGAUAUUCCCAAUGCUUUUUUGGGGUGGGGUGGGAGGCAUAAAACUCUUAAAAUUGAUUCAGAAACUGUUGAGAAUGAUUGAAGUUUUCAUUUGCACAGUUUAUAUGCUUUAAUAGCAUGUGAAAUUUGCAUACGCUACUGAUUUCUGGUAAUGGAAAAUUAUUGUGUGUGUAAAAGGGGGGAAUGAUUUUUGCAUUAUUAUUUUUUUCAAAAGUGUUGAUCAGGUCUUGAUUUCACUGAGUUGAUAGGGGAGAAUGCUAACUACUGUUUCUCAAUGUUCCUGAUCAACCCUGCUUUUGUGGGAUUCCUCUCUGUUCAAGCCUGUCACUUCUCCAGACAGGUUGCUAAAAUAGAUGCCCUUGACAAGGAAAUUGCAAUGUUACCUGGUGUAACAGCCUCUGACUAGAUAAUUGUGACUAGAGUGUACAUUAAAGGCAAAACCUUUCUAACUUGCA